AUGUUCUCAGUGCUCUUGUCAGCCCGUAGUUUUCUUCUUUUCUUCGUUUUUACAUCUUCAUUUUGUGUUAUCGUGGGCGUUGUGGUUGGAGGGGAGGAUGCUGGCGCGUAUGCUGUGGGUUGCUGUUGGGUUUGGGAGGUUUGUGGUUGGGAUGGGGUGUGUUGCUUCCUCACGCCUCGCUCAUACUUGUCCUACUUCCUCGCCUACAUUUCUUUCUGA